AUGUGUAAUAGAAGCCAAAUAUGGAGCAGUUGGCUGCCGCCGCCGCAGCUCAAGGAUCCGACUUGGGGGUGGGGGGGCACCCUCUGGCGGGCGGCGGGGCGAGCCGCUCGGAGCACCGCGAGCGCACGGCGCGGCGGCCGGCCGGCCGGCGCCCUUAACCCUUGGCUGCGCGCUGCCCGGGCUCGGCGGCCCCCGGGGAGGCGGCGCGUGGCCCGAGGCUGGCUCGGGAACGGGGGGCGGGGGGUGCGACUCCGGCCGGAGGGGACGCUUCUUCCAGGUUUGGGAAAGGGGCGGGGAGCUGAAACGAUGAGGUCUGGAAAUCUGCUUUGGGUACUGAAGUCCCCAGCCCCAGCCUUGGAAGAAGACCCGCGCACUCCUUUCGCAGCUGAUUCGGGAUCAUUAAUUUAAUCGGAAAUGAGGUAACCAGUGCAGGAGAUACAGAAAGCAAACCGAGCAUCAAAUGGCAGUUCUCAUGAAUCCACGCUGAGGAACUUCCUCUGCGCUCAAUGCUGAUGCGCGGUUCUCAGCUGCCCACCACCCCGCCCCCUCCGCGUGCACCACCGCCAGGUGUUAGUCGGUGGGAAGGAAUCCUCUGUGGACGGGUGCACCCUGCCAACAGGUGUGGCUCCUGGAGAAGAGGGAAGGCACCUCCGUGCUGAAGGGAGCUCAGUGCGGCGUUCUCCUUGCUGCAGAUAAUUCUGGAAGACCAGUAGGUGUCGGGGCAGCAUUUGACCUCUUUCAGGUGCUUAGAACCAAGUGUCUAGAAACAUGAUCUUUCCACAUAAGUUUCUCUCUGGAAGCCACCACUAUUGACUGUAAGCUGUAUUUGAGAAACCUUUGGCUGAGUUUACGUAUGACCUAACGGUUAGUCACCAACCGAAGCAGGAUACAGAAUCACCAAGAGAAAUGUGUCAGCUUUUAAACAACUGUAUUGUAGAGCCAACGUGCUACAGAAAUAAAAAUAAGCAUACUAACAACUAGGAAGGUGUAGAGCCCCGGAAAUAAUUUUUUUUCUCGCAUUUUGAAAUACCAUGCACAUAUACAUGGCUAUUUAAAUAAAACUACUACUGUUCACUCUGACUCGGUUCUAAAACUUUUUUUUUUCCUUUUUCAUUUAAAACGCAAUGAUUGCUACAGUUUAAACCCCAGGUCGGUUUAAAGUGACAUUGUUGGUCU